AUGCGGCUCCCCAUCGGCACAGCACUUCCUCUGGCCUGCUGGUCGACCCUCGCCGUGGCCCAGCAAGCGCCUGCGAGCACCGCGUAUCCGCCGGCAACAGAGGUUCUGGAGCUGCUUCCUCCCUGCGCCGCAAACUGCUUCGCGGCCGUUGUGCCCGGCUCUGCCUGCUCGGCGACAGAUGUACGGUGCAUGUGUACGAACCAGCCGCUUCAGGAUGCGGCGGCGGAGUGCAUUCUGAGAGACUGCCAGUCGCUCAUGGACGCUCUCUCGGCAAAGAACAUCACGUCCGUGGCGUGCCGCGCGCCGGUCCGCGACCGAUCCGGGCAGUACGUGGCCGUGUCCAUCGCGCUGGGGACCAUGACGAUUGUCACGGUCGUCGUCCGGCUCGUCUUCAAGCAGUUCUUCGCGGCCAACAGAGGGCUCGCGGCGGACGACAAGGUGAUCCUGGUGACGCUGGCGUUGCGCAUCUCGGGCACCGUCCUCAACGUCGAGGGCCUGGCAGCCCACGGCCUGGGCAGGGACACGUGGACGCUCCCGACGCACGAGCUGACCAGCUUCGCCGAGUGGCUGUACGUCAUGGAGGUGCUGUAUCUCGCGGAGCUGUCGCUCAUCAAGCUCAGCCUGUCGCUCUUCUACGUCCGCAUCUUCCCGGGCGCCACGAUCCGGCGGCUGAUCUGGGCCACGGCCGCGGUCAACGCCCUGUACGGCGCGACCUUUUUGGUGACGGCCAUCUUCCAGUGCGAGCCCAUCGACUACUUCUGGACGCAGUACGUCGAGGAGCACGCGAGCGGCCGCUGCAUCAACAUCAACGCCAUGGGCUGGGCCAACGCCGCCAUCAGCGUCGCCCUGGACUUGUGGAUGAUCAGCAUCCCGCUGAGCCAGAUUCCCAAGCUGAAGCUGCACUGGACAAAGAAGAUUAGCGUCUCCGUCAUGUUCGUCCUGGGCGCCUUCGUGACCGUCGUCUCGAUCCUGAGGCUGAGCUCGCUCGCCGCCUGGGCAAACUCGAGGAACCCGACCUGGGACCAGUGGAACGUGGUGUACUGGUCGACCAUCGAGGUCAACGUCGGCAUGGUGUGCACGUGCCUCCCGUCGCUUCGCCUGCUCGUCGUGCGAGCCUUGCCGGGCCUGACGCGAUCCCGAUCCAAGCCCGCCGCGUACGGCAGCAACUCCUUCAGCCGCGUCACGAGCGGGCAGCCGCUGGCGGAGGAGGGGUCGGGAACGGCGCCAGGGGACCAUCGACUUGGCGACUUUGACGAGGGCGCGCGGAGAACAUGGACGCGCAUAGGGUCCGGGGCCGAGCUGUGGCCGACGGCACGUUGA